ACCCCAAGUCCAUUUCAGUGUUCCACCUUAAUUUCUCUUCACUCUUCCAUUCUCUCACUUCUCCUUUUCCCUCACUCUCUUCAUUUUUCUCUCUCCAGAAAUGGCAUCAAAACUCUCGUUCAUGGUGUGUUUCAUGGCUCUAUGCGCCAUUGAUCUAGCACAAAGCGCAUCAUCCCAUCAAGCGCCAGCACCGUCCGUGGACUGCUCAACCCUUGUUCUCACCAUGGCCGAUUGCUUGUCCUUUGUCACCAAUGGCAGCACCAUCACCAAGCCAGAGGGUACCUGCUGUUCUGGCCUCAAGUCUGUGCUCAAAAGUGCCCCUGUUUGCCUUUGCGAGGCUUUCAAAAGCAGUGCUCAGUUUGGUGUGAUUUUGAAUGUCACCAAGGCCACCAGUCUCCCUGCCGCAUGCAAAGUCUCUGCCCCUUCUGCCGCCAACUGUGGAUUGUCCGAAUCCCCUGUUGCUGCUCCUGCUGGAGGGGUUUCUCCAAAAGCUUCUCCAUCUCCUCAAGCAUCUGGUGCUUCAUCUUCUGGUGUACAUGGUCCAGCAAAUGAGGUAUCUCCUGCACCAGCACCAGCUAAAGGAAACGCAGCAUCAUUCCCAAUUUCUGCUGGAACCUUGCUUGUUGGCAUAUUGGUAGCCACAUUCUCAGGCUUCUGAGAAUAGUUUGGUUCCAUUUUAAGAGUAGAGAGAUGACAUGGGGGAUUAUUAUUUUGAUGUUUUCUUUUGGUUUUUCAUCUCAUUCUAUGUUUGACUUAAUAGUAGAUAAAAUUCAUUCCCUGAGUUGAGACUGUACCCUCUUUUCUUUUAUAUACAAGUCUAUUUAUUUAUAUAACAGUUUGAGAUUUAUCA